CAAGAAGUCAUUAUCUGAUGUAGAUUAAAUAUGAAAAAAUCGGUGUCAUGUUUAUGAGACUCGGAAAGCCGUCAUUAUGGAAAUCAUCCCUACAUCCUAGCUCCAGGGGGUGUCGCUACAUCUCAGUUUCUUCAGCGCCUAUCCCUAGCGCAACUACAGAAGCUGUCGCUAGCUUUCGAGACCAUGUUUUCAGUGUUGACCAACCUUCGAUUCUACGCUCUGGACUAAAUUCACCGACGAAUCAGCUACAAGCUUGCUCGAAGUGGUUCUCAAAUGACGUGGCGAAGCUCCCUUUUACUAGCCAUGUGCUGGAAUUCAAGGAUUGGUUAUUCCCAUACGAGUUGGUAAUCGCGACACCAAGGCAGAGAGAGCACUUUUGUCUGUUCAUUGGCUGGUUGAAAGCUACUGGUGAUGACAUCGAUAUUAGCGUCGCUGAAUUACUGAUGCAAAUCAUGGAAGGGCCAGGACUGCCAGACUUGUUCACGCAGCUUGAUGCGCCGCUGAGGCUGCUUGUUGCCGCUAUCAAGUUCAAUAGCUUGCAGGGGGAUGCUACAAGUGAGCACAUACAGCUCUACAUUGCUCAGUCCUCUCUAUCUGCGCUACCAAAAAGGCUUCAGAGUGAUUUGAUUGCUCCCGAAGUUGUUCUACGCGCCGGUCGCGGUGACAUCUACAGCUCUUCCAUCUGGCUUGGAACUCAACCAACCUAUACACCACUACACCGUGAUCCGAAUCCGAACCUGUUUUGCCAGUUGUUCGGUACCAAAUCGGUAAAACUCAUGCACCCGUCAAUGGGCCAAACACUGUUCUAUAGAGUUCAGGCGAAAAUCGGCCAGCAAGGCAACAGCCAUAUUCGAACAGCUGAUAUGAUGCAAGGGGCUGAGCGAGAGGCGUUGCACCAGGCAGUUUGGGAGUCACAGGAGGGUCAGGAGCAUAUAUACGACGUUGAUGUACACCCCGGGGAUGCCUUGUUCAUACCAAAAGGGUGGUGGCACACUAUCAAGAGUGUGGGAGCAGAUGGCCUAUUGAACGCGUCGGCAAACUGGUGGUUUAGAUAAAACUGGUGUGGGUGCCUGACAGUAGUGGUCCCAAUAUACGUCACUCGAGCUGGCGCACAGUCUGGCGCUUUAUGGUUCAGUGUGGCGAGCGUCUACCAACCUUCCUUCGCGAAUUUGUAUAUUAUCAUCUAAUGGUACAUAAAUAAUGCAGACCUACUAUAAAUUUCAUUGAC